AGAGCAGUGCGUGGUUGGAUGUGAGCGCCACUGACCUGUCUCUACUUCCAUAUCGAAGAUGGCGGUCUCGGUGUUCCCCGGCGUGCGGCUCCUCUCCAUCGGAGACGCGAACGGAGACAUACAGCGACAUUCAGAGCAGCAGCCCCUGCGGCUAGAAGUCAAAACCACGCAAGAUGCUGCCCUUAUCAAUCUCUCCAAUGGAGAGGAGGCAAGUGUGUUCAAGUGUUCGGUUUCCAGGGAGACGGAGUGCAGCCGCGUGGGGAAGCAGUCAUUCAUCAUCACACUAGGCUGCAACAGCGUUCUGCUGCAGUUCUCCUCGCCUGCAGAUUUUCAGUCGUUUUAUAAUCUGCUGAAGAAUAGUCGUGGUCAUGUCAGUGAGCGCUCAGUCUUCAGUGAAAGGACAGAGGACUCCUCUGCUGUUCAGUACUUCCAGUUUUAUGGCUACCUCUCCCAGCAACAGAAUAUGAUGCAGGACUACGUUCGGACAGGGACUUACCAACGAGCUAUUCUCCAGAACCACACUGACUUCAAGGAUAAGGUGGUGCUGGAUGUUGGCUGUGGCUCGGGGAUCCUCUCUUUCUUUGCAGCCCAAGCUGGAGCUAGGAAGGUCUACGCUGUGGAAGCCAGCACCAUGGCACAGCAUGCUGAGGUGCUGGUGAACAGUAACCGUCUAGGGGAGCGAGUGGUCGUCAUCCCAGGGAAGGUGGAGGAGGUGACGCUGCCUGAGCAGGUUGACAUCAUCAUCUCAGAACCCAUGGGCUACAUGUUGUUCAAUGAACGCAUGCUGGAGAGCUACCUGCAUGCCAAGAAGUUCCUCAAACCCAAUGGUAAAAUGUUUCCAACUAUUGGUGACGUCCACCUGGCCCCCUUCACAGAUGAGCAGCUCUACAUGGAACAGUUCACCAAGGCUAAUUUCUGGUACCAGCCCUCCUUCCAUGGUGUGGACCUCUCUGCCCUACGUGGAGCAGCAGUGGACGAGUAUUUCCGCCAGCCAAUUGUGGACACAUUUGACAUCCGUAUUCUGAUGGCCAAGUCGGUCAAAUACACAGUCAACUUCCUGGAGGCCAAAGAAGAGGAUCUCUACAGGAUAGAGAUUCCCUUUAAGUUCCACAUGAUGCACUCAGGCCUGGUGCACGGCUUGGCUUUCUGGUUUGACGUGGCGUUCAUGGGAUCUGUGAUGACGGUAUGGCUGUCCACUGCGCCCACAGAGCCUCUCACUCACUGGUACCAGGUUCGCUGUCUGCUGCAGUCUCCCCUCUUCACCAAGGCCGGAGAUACACUGUCCGGCACUGCCAUGCUGGUGGCCAACAAGCGACAAAGCUACGACAUCAGUAUUGUUGCCCAGGUGGACCAGACAGGAUCAAAGUCCAGCAACCUCCUGGACUUGAAGAACCCUUUUUUCAGGUACACAGGCACCACCCCUAACCCCCCUCCUGGCUCACACUACACCUCCCCGUCCGAGAACAUGUGGAACACGGGGACAGCCUACAGCAUGAGUCAGGGGAUGGCUGUAUCAGGGAUGCCUGCAGCUUAUGACCUCAGCACAGUCAUUGGCAGCGGCCCGUCAGUGUCUCACAACAACCUCAUCCCCCUGGGCAGAGGAUGCUUGUGCGCAACUUGUGUCAGAUUUCAACCCAACAACGGCUUAUCACCAAAACGAACAAAUAAUAAAACAAAAGAUGGUCUCUUGGAUGCUCUAGAUGGAUAUUGUCCUCAGACUUCAUGCAAGAGCAGAGACUCCUUUCGGACCCGAGGGAUGAAAGCUGUUACAGAAGAGGAGACAGAGAUGCUGUCCUGGAUCAGCUUGUUGCUCUACUUGGUCACCCGUUACUGACUUCUAAAAACGUGAAUUUACAGAUGCUAUGAUGUGUGACGUAAUAAAAAAAAUUAAACCC